AUGCGCUUGGCGCAGGGCCGGGGGCGGGCGGCGCGGCGCGUCGCGGAGGUUGGGCAGGCAGGCAGCGAUGGCGGCCGCCCUGGGGCUCUCGUCCUCGCCGGGCUCCCCCGCCGUGAGCGAGCUGUGCCAAAACAGGCGGGAGAUCUUCCUGGAGGCCUCGCGGCUGCUCCUCACUUACGCUGACAACAUCCUCCGGAAUCCCUAUGAGGAAAAAUACAGAUUAAUUCGGAUUGGGAAUCCAGCAUUCUCCACAAGGCUGUUGCCAGUCAGAGGAGCUGUUGAGUGUUUAUUUGAGAUGGGGUUUCAAGAGGGAGAAACUCACCUGGUUUUCCCUAAGGAAGCUUCAAUUGAGCAGCUACGUAAAAUCAGAGACUUGAUUGCUGGAGAGAGGAGUAGCAGACUGAAUGAGUCAAACCAAAUCCACAGACCAGGAUCCUCUGAAACUGUCAGCAGCACUCAGACAGCUGCACAACGGCCUUCAAGACCUGUUGACUCUGGCUUUGCUCUUGCCCGUCAGCAACCAGAAGCAUCACUUGUGCAAUCUCUUGAAAUGGCUGCAAAUAUCUUGAAAACAAUUCAAACAAAAUUUGAGGGGCUUGUAUUGAUGUAUGAGAAUCCUUCUGUUCAGCAGAAAGCACUGGCUGUAAUUCCCCUCCAGGAAUUGAAAAGCAAGGCUCAGAAAAAGCUAGCACAAGCUACAAAACUGGACAAAGGUGCACAUGUGAAUGAAGAGGACUUCUUACUGUUGGAGCUUUUGGACUGGUUUAAGACUUCCUUUUUUCAUUGGGUAAAUAGUCUUCCUUGCAGCAGGUGUGGUGGGCAGACAGAGCCUAAAAGUGGCUACCUGUUGCCUACUGAUGAUGACCUAAGGUGGGAUGCCAGUCGAGUGGAAAACCAUUACUGCAACCAGUGUCAGCUCUGUAAUAGAUUCCCAAGGUAUAACAACCCUGAAAAACUUCUGGAAACCAGACGUGGACGCUGUGGCGAGUGGGCCAACUGUUUUACACUGUGCUGCAGAGCUGUAGGGUUUGAAGCAAGAUAUGUCUGGGACCAUACAGAUCAUGUGUGGACUGAAGUAUAUUCUUCAUCUCAGAAAAGAUGGCUUCACUGUGAUCCUUGUGAAAAUGUCUGUGAUAAGCCUCUUCUCUAUGAAACUGGCUGGGGAAAGAAGCUCUCCUACAUAAUUGCAUUCUCCAAAGAUGAGGUGGUAGAUGUCACCUGGAGAUACAGCUGUAAACAUGAAGAGGUACUCUCUAGAAGGACGGCACUCAGUGAAGCUACACUGCGAGAGACAAUUAAUGCACUAAAUAGAACGAGACAAAAGUCUUUGUCAGAAAAUAGAAAAAAAGAGCUCCUGGAAAGGACUAUUGUGGAGCUUGUUGAGUUUAUUUCUCCUAAAACACCUAAACCUGGAGAAUAUGGUGGAAGGACAUCAGGCUCAAUGGCUUGGCGAGUAGCCAGAGGUGAAAUUGGUCCAGAGAAAAGAAAAGAAGUAGUUUUUAUUCCCUCUGAAAAGGAGAAGACAUCUAAACUGUUCCAUCUCGUCUACAAUGUAAUAGAUGAUAGUUAUACACGAAUUUCCAAUAACAAUGAAAAAAUAAGUGGCUGGGAAGCAGGUGUUUGGAAGGCAGAAUCUGUUUGGAGAAAGGUUGAAACGGAUUGGAAAAUGGUUUAUUUAGCCCGAAAAGAAGGGUCAUCCUCUGCUUCCAUCAGCUGGAAGUUUGAGUGCAAGUCAGUCGGUCUAAAAAUAGAUAACAUUUCAGUUAGGACAAGCAGUCAAACAUUUCAGAGUGGAAGAAUACAGUGGAGACUUCACUCUCCUACAGCAGAAAUCGCUCUGAUAGGAGCAGAUAAAAAUCUUUGCUCCUAUUCAGAUUUUUCUGGAGCAACGGAAGUUAUGUUGGAAGCAGUUCUAAAUGGAGGGGAUGGUGAAGCUGCAUGGCAACACACACAGCUGUUUAGAGAGAGCUUAACAGGAUGUGGGGAAAAUUGCUUGGAGAUAAUGAUAAAACUCAGUGACCUCUGAGAAUCUGAACUGCAGAAAUGUACUUUGGAUUCCUUGAAGACAUUAUACCAUGGAUACAACAUGAAGAUUUGGUUGGCAAUUCCUCUUCAUCCUACUGGCAGAUUAUUUCCUGUUUCACUGCUUCCAUUAAACCAACUUGAAACUGCACGUGUAUUGAAUAGGUAAACAUUACAAUGAAAAUGUCUUUGCUAUAAAAACAAACACAAAAUUAAGGGAUAAACCAUUAAGUACCCUUUUCUUAAACUUUACAAUGAAAAGGAAACAAUUUUUAAGAAGCAAAACAUGGUCAUGUUUCAGAAGCACAAAGCAAUUGUAAUUGAUUUUAAUUUGGAGUUUUGGGAUUGGCUUGCUGGUUUUUUUGGUUUUUAUAAUCUACUUGGAAAAACAGAUUGAAUUGUGUUUUCCAAUUAUAACAGAUGCUUCUGAUGAUUUUAAAAUACUUUAAAUGAUGUUAGAGGAUUUAGACAUUUCUUUAAAAAUUUGAUUUUGUGUAGUAUCCAGAAUAAGUUAAUUUCAUUAUUGCUUCAAAAUUUCCUUGUUAGAUGUCUAAGUAUUAAACCUGUGUUUAAUACCUAGAACUAUUUGGAAGCAUGGUGGUUGCUGGGAAAAUAACCUCAUUUUGAAAGAAGUGUUCAUUAUGUCCCUAAAAUUGUCAUAGCCUGUGAUAUGAAAUUGAGGCUUGAAACUGAGUAAGAACAUCAUAUCUUUUUCUAUGAAAAAAAUAGGUUAUCCAUUAUAAAUAUUUUUAAUGAUAUUAAUUCAGAUUUGCUUAAUAAAUCUUUUAAAAGUUAGGCAUGUAGGUUGAAAUCCUUUUAAGCUGUUGUCUUGACUUGCUUUAAAUACUCUUCCCAAAUUUGAUGUUAAAGUAUAUACAUUUUUUUCUGUUCAAUUAAUUCAGUGUUUAAAUUUAUUUUCAGUCAAUAUAAUAAAAAAUUCUAUCCAGGAGACAUCAGAUGUUGCAGUGCUAUGAAUAAAACAUGGAGUGAAUGUUCAGAUUAGAUAGUCUUUAUCAGAAUGUGAGGAAGGCCUUGCCUGGAUUAUACAGGAGAUAUUCUAAUAUAGAACUAAAAUGCAAUGUUCAAACUAUGGUCUUAUUUUUAAAUAAGUGAGAAUUAAGGAUGAUGCUCUCAAGAUCAGUGUUUUUAAAGUUUUUCUUCCUUUUUCUGAUCUUUCCAAUCUCUAUAUUGAUUUGAAGUGUUUGUCAAGAAUAAUUUAUGUUGAAAUAAAUGUUUGCUGACCUUUCAACAAAUCUAAGCAAAUAUAAAACUAUUCAGAUUUUAUUAGAAAACUGCAUAUGCACAGUGAACGAAGGAAUCUUAAAAAAUAGUAGAUUAUGGCAUCUCAGAAGUGGCAGAACAAUGUGUGAUGGAUUAUAUACUUUGCUUCAGAAUGUAAAUGGACAAUUUAUGAGGGGAAUUAGAGGAGUCUCUCCCAUAAUAUAUAUAAACAGAGUGACAGGGUAUUUAUUGUAUUGUAUACACUGGAAGGGUGUUUAUCAGUUCUUGACUAAUGCAAAGUGAACUUGCCAGUCUCCAUUUAAAACUUCUGUAUUUGGUUUCAGUUAAAUGCUUUUUCUGAAAUUUUGAGUGGGAACCCAACAGAAGAGUAUUUUAGGUGAAUAUGAGUACUACCUUGUAAGAAAAAAGGAAGACAACUCAGGUGCCACCAAUCAACAAAAGUGUUUCCACUUAAUAUUUUGAUAGCUGAAAAAGUUACUGCUUUAAAGCAGAAAUUGUUUUUGCAGUGUAGUACUUAGAGGAUCUUGAGGAAUUGCAGAAUUCCUUAAUGGCAUCUGGUAAUGUGAAACAAGAAGGCAAAAUAUACUUAAAAAUAUUAAGUUAAAGUAAUUUUCUCAUAAUUUUGGUCAGAAUCUCUGGGGGAAGAGUAAUAGCUGUAGAUAAUUUAAAACAGUAAAGUAAUUGAAGUCCAUUUUUAAAUAGUUUGAAUGAAUUAAAAGAUGGAAAAAUGCCUUGCCAGUCUAAUUAAUCAAGAGGUACUUCUGUAUUUAUAAGAUCACAUGCAAUGAACAGAAGUGAUUAUUUUAGGAAAGAAUUAAUAAGGAAAACCCUCACACUGAAUAGAGCUAAUAUGAAAAAUUUAAAUGGAACUCCUUCAGUUGUCUUUGGAGUAUCCUAUAAACAAUGAACACUUUGAAUCUCUUCACACAUAAGCUGUUUUAAAGGCACUGAUUUCCUCUGUUGAUCUCCACUUCAGCCCAGCUUUUAAUACAUUUAAAUUUAUUUUUUUUUUAAACCACAGGUAAUUCGUCAUCCACAGUUAUUUAAUGUUAACUUAUAGUAUCCUGAAUUUGCAGUAUUACAUGGUGGGAAGAUCUGUGCUGCUCUAAUUCUCCUCUAAAAGUAUGGUUAUUAAGUUAUGCUGGCAAUGGUACAAUACUGGGUGAGUGGUAGAUGGUGAUCAGGGCACAUGUAGAUAGAAGUCAGUGCUUACUCGACUUUUUAGAAGUUUGAGGAGGAGGAGAUUAAAUGGGGAAAUUAAAAAUACUGUUGCCUAGAAAUAUAUGGCUUAAUACAGGUAAAAUCAUCAAUGUUUUCUAGAAUCCAGCUUAGUCAGGUGCAUUUUAAAGAACAACUGGCUGUCCACUGUGCCAUCCAUGGGUGCCUUCCAAGGUUGCACUGAGGUCUAACAGUGAAAUCUUUUCCAUGAAGUUUACAUAAAUACUAUACUACCCAAUUAAUGCUUGCAAACUAAUUCUGGGGUGCAUGGUUUCCAACAGAACUAUGUGGGAGCCUGUGCAGAGAAUUCCUCCUUUCAAACACGUAUUUGUUGUGCUGUUGUCUGUCUAGUGUUGAUUGUCUUCAUAUCCUGUUUUGAGACUUAAUGCUUAGUAAUUUCCUACACCCCAGGAAGUUGCUGGGAAGAUGUAUCCUUAAAAUAUAUGAAGCCCCUUCUAGGCAGUGUAGAAAGAAAGAAGAGGUACAAAGCACAGCUAUGCAGGAAUCAAACUUCAGUGUAAAUUAUAUGACUUAUAAUGAAAGUAAGUAGUGAAAAUUAUCUUAUCUGAUCUUGUAGGAAAAUCUGUCUCCUUAAUUCAUUUGUUAACAUGGGAAGAUUUUUCACAUAUAGUGGGUUGGAUUUAAGAUAUAAUCCUUAUUAUGUGCAACAUCAGGAAAUGUAGAGCACUAAAAAUAAAGUGUGUUUGUCUCCAUAGUGCGGUGGAAUGAAAACAGAUGGCAGGCAGCACAUAUGGCUGCCAGAAGCUGGGAACACCCAUUUGCAGAGUUCUUGCAGCUCUAAACAAAACAAGCCAAAACAAAGGAACUCCAAGAGGGGCAGAGAUUGUUCCAGGCAGAUAUCAGGACAUAUCUCUCUUCUCCACACCCACACUCGUCAUUUCUUUACCUCUGGUUGCUCAAGCUAGAAGUGGAAGUAAACUACCAGUUUAGAAUUUAAUGGACCUCCUUAGUAUUUGUCAAAAGUUAGCAUUUCUUAAGUAUAGGCGUUAUUUAAAAUAAGCAUCUGAUUUCCAUUGUAAGUUCAAGCCUCUGGGUUUGGACAAAAUUUGAAGUUUUACCAGUGUUGUUCAAGCAAUUCAACAACAUAAAAAAUGUGUCAAUAUUGAAGGGACUUCUGUAUCUCAGCUUCAUAUCAUAUGGAAAAUUGAAAAGGAAAUUGCAGACACGUGCCUUCCUUAAAUCCAGUUGCUGGCUUGGUCCUUUCUAUACUUUGAGUAUUUUGGGGGAAUUUAUUCAACAUUAUUUGCAGUAGUUCAGCUUACCUGGUGCUGGUUCUGAAGGUUCUUUAUGGGGUACUGCUGUUGCAAGCAAUGCUUUAUGCUUUGUAACUUAUGGCCUAUCUGAACAGUAAUCAGCAAUGUAAUGUAUAGUAUGUGUAUCUGUAUGAACACUGGCAACAUGAGCAACACUGGUCAUAUAGCUGGCAACAUGAGCAGAAGGAAUGAGUAAUAGCAGUAAUACCUGGGACAAUUGGGGGGUUUUUAUGCUUAUCUUGGAUAUUUAAUCCAAGCAGAAGGACAGUAGAGUAAAAAAAAAAAAAAAGUGUCUUUAGUAGAUUGAAAAAGUUCCUUUUCACUUAAGUUUUUAAUUUCAGGAGUAGAAUUUUGAGACCUCCCAGCCUAUGUUAUGGAACUUAGGAGUGACCAAUUAACCAGCCAAGGUCAAAUAUAUGUAUUUUGGGGUGUACAGGUAUUAUGAAAUGUGUCACGGCUUAAAUGUGGAUAACAAUGAUUUUCUCCAUUGUUAGGACUUUUGUUCUUAUUCUUUGGCUUGGGGGCUUUUUUUAUGGUAAGCUUUGUAAUUAGGCUUUCACUUUGUUUAUGAUUAGCCUGCUUCAGUUUCUUCAGCUUUAUUUUUUUCUCAUCUAACUUAAAAUACAUUUUAAUUUACUUUAAUUUAUGUACACAGUUGCAGCUGUAUGGUAAAUACUAGGACAAAAAAAUAAAUUGAUUUAUUUAUUUGGUAAAAGGAGAUUAAAGGGAUAGAUUAAAAAUAUUCAAACUCAACAGAAGAAAAAGCAAUAGUAAUUAAAAUUGAUGAUGCCCAGAAACCCAUAAAGUUACCAGGACUUAAUAAAAUUUUAUGGCGAAAGAAAAUGUAAUGGACUACAUGAACUGAUGCUGGCAAAAGUAGCUUCCAAUGACUGACCCUGUUUAUGAGACAUUUUACUGUGUGUUUUUUUUAUAUUUAUGUCCCUGAAAGUUUUCAGUAGAAGAGAAUUGCUGAGACUAAUGAACAGGGCUUUUUAAGACUGAGAUUUAAGGAAUAUCUGAGUUUAAAUAUUUUUUAUUUUUACUAGUUUAAGCUAUAGAAAAUAUUUUAGAAUUAAGAAUAGGAUCCCACUUGUUAUAGAUCAUUCCUUCGCUUGUUCCAGUGAAUAAUAUGGAUCUUUGAUUUUGUAGAAAGUGUGUUUAGUGACAUGUUGUAGCCAGGAACUUUAGGUAUGCAUUACCUGUAAGGAUGUGAGAUUUCAGAGCUGCAUUGAGCACCUGCUUAGCCUUGGAGGACUGAGUUUCCCAUCAGAGGUCUUACAAACUGGGGGAAAGAUGAUUUUGCUAUGCAUUUCAAUGGUGAUAUUUCAGUGUGUGUUCUGUUAACUUGAUCCUUUUAUUACAUAAUACUGAGUAUUGAAACUUCAGUAAUAUUGUGUAUUAUCCUUGAAGUCCCGGGGAACAUAUUUUCCCCACUGAAAAUCAUCAGCUAGCAGCUUAUCUCUGUUGCAAUCAAGGAAAUGCUGGGCUUCCUUUAGAUGAGCAGUUUGGAUAACAGUAUACAGACUGCCCUGUGGAACAGUCCUAAGGAAACUGGCUGACAUAAGAGAAUGAAGACAUCUGAGAGCACUGUUUAAGCAAACUUGAGCUAAAGUAGGUGGAACAGUUGGUCACAGUCUCUUAGAGCAAAUGGAGCAGCAAAGUACAGAAUGGAAGGAGAGAGCCUCACUUCUCGCCUCUGCAUUAUUGCCACCGUGAGGAGAAGGAUGGAAGAUAAAUUUCAAGAGCUUCAGAGCUUCCCACUCUUCAAAGGCUUUCUGCAAUAAAAGCUUCCAGCAGAAGAGCAUAUGUGGAAUAACAAAGCUCAGUAAAAAUCAACUAAAUGAAAAGGAAGGUGACAGCCAGGAAUCCUAAAUCAAAGAAAGAAAUGGUGUGAACAGGAUGCAGCUUUCUGAGGUGCUUAGAAAUGGAAAGAUGCUUUUGGAAGCCAUGCUGGACUGAAGACUUUGACUGAGAUUCCCAGACUAAUAAAAAUAUGGCAUAGCAAAGUGUUGGCUAAAUGGUGCCUAAGCAGUCAAACACAUUGUCCUGGCCAGUACUGAAAGCUGUUGCUACUGCAACUUCUGCUGCCUCUACCAGCAGUGGCUACAGUCAUAGUGAGCAAGAGACAUAUAAGAACCACUGAUCUGGAUGAUUUUGCUUCAUCUGAAAACUGAGGUAAUGUGUUCUUGCAUUUCUCUAAGAAAAACAGGAGUGCACUAAGGAGCAGGAAGAAUCUGCAGAGCUGAUUGGAGCAAUGUAAG